UGCGUUCGGCUUUCCUACGAAGGCCAAGGCCCGACUUGUUGCAAGAGGAGAUAUGCAGAAGGAAUACAUUGACUUUGGUGAUUUGUAUGCCCCCACUGUAGCUUCGUCUAGUGUCCGAAUGUUGGCAGCUUUGGCGUGUGAGCUUGACUUGGAGUUGUGUCAUUUCGAUAUCGAUCAGGCAUUUGUGAGGGCCCCUCUCAAGGAAGACAUUUUCAUGCGAUUGCCGGAAGGAUGUGGUGCGUUAUCGGGGAAGAUUGUGCAGUUGAACAAGAGUCUUUACGGUUUGAGGCAGGCAUCUAGGGAGUGGUACGCGUUGCUGAAGAAGUGUCUUUUGGCUUUGGGUUUCGAGCAGUGCAUGGCCGAUUCGUGUGUUUUUAGUUUAGUCGAAAAGGGGGAAGUAGUGUUGAUCCUAGCAGUACACGUAGACGACAUUUUUGCAGUGGGGACGAAGGAGAGGUGUGAUCAAUUUGGAAAGGACCUGGGCGAGUACGUACCGGUGAAGUCUCUGGGGGAGUUGCAGUGGUACUCCGGUUGCUAUUACGAGAGGGACAGAGAGGCAGCUAGAUUGACGAUUUCGCAGGAGACAUACACUUAGGAGUUGGGAGAGAGAUAUGGUGUGGAGUGGGGCGGAGGCAUUCCUUUGCCCACGACUUGGAGACUUUGGGACUUUGACGUGAAUGAGCCGAGCGUGGAGUACCCAUUUCGCGCGCUGAUUGGUUCGUUGCUAUGGAUAGCUUUGUUGACUAGGCCGGAUAUCGCCAAUGCAGUGAGGGCAGUGGCGAGGUACUGUAGUGAACCCAAGUUGAUCCACUGGAAGGCUGCACUUAGCAUUUUAGGGUAUGCAGUUAGGACUAGUUCUUUCGGGAUUUCUUUUCAGAGGGGGACGGUUUCAGGAUUUUCUUUGAUCACGUUCGCCGACGCGGACUACGCCUCGCGUGCGGCGGAUCGCAGGUCGGUUUCAGGGGGAGUGGUAAUGUGUGCAGGGGGAGCGAUCGCAUGGUUUUCCAAGACUCAGAAGUGUGUGACUUUGUCCACCACGCAGGCAGAGUACGUGGCGAUGGCGGAUAUGGGGAAGGAAAUUCUUUUUCUGAGGCAGGUUUGGCGCUUUAUGUUGCCGAAGGAGUUGCGGCCGUGCAUUCCACUGUACGAGGAUAAUGAGGGUGCUAUCCAGAUCGCAAAACACCCGAUCUCGAAUUCCAACUCGAAGCACAUCGACGUGCGGCAUCACUUCCUCAGACAACUGGUAGAUGAGAAGGAGGUAGAGAUCAUUCAAGUAGCGUCGCAGUAGCAGCAUG